CCAACACACAACGAGAAAAAUAGAUUCAUCUUUCAAUCUUUUUUUUUCCUAAAAACAAAACUUUGUGUGAAGAGAGAGAUGGAGAUAGAACCAAAAUUCAAGAGAAUAUGUGUGUUUUGUGGAAGUAGUGCUGGUAAUAAAUCCAGUUACAAAGAUGCUGCUAUCGAACUCGGAACCGAACUGGUAUCGAGAAAUAUCGAUCUUGUCUAUGGUGGAGGGAGCAUUGGUUUAAUGGGUUUGAUUUCUCAAGCUGUUUUCAAUGGAGGUCGCCAUGUCAUUGGGGUUAUCCCCAAGACACUAAUGCCAAGAGAGAUAACAGGAGUGACAGUGGGAGAAGUGAAGGCAGUAGCAGACAUGCACCAAAGGAAAGCUGAGAUGGCUAAGCACUCUGAUGCUUUUAUCGCUUUACCUGGUGGGUAUGGGACACUUGAAGAGCUUCUUGAAGUUAUCACUUGGGCACAGCUAGGCAUCCAUGAUAAACCAGUGGGAUUGUUGAAUGUGGAAGGAUACUACAAUUCAUUGUUAUCAUUCAUAGACAAAGCAGUGGAAGAAGGUUUCAUAUCACCAACUGCUCGUCAUAUCAUUGUCUCUGCUCCUUCUGCUAAAGAACUUGUCAAGAAACUUGAGGAUUAUGUACCAAGGCAUGAGAAGGUAGCUUCAAAGAAAAGCUGGGAGAUGGAGCAAAUAGGGCUAAGUCCCACUUGUGAAAUUUCAAGAUGAAAAAGGACUAAUUAAUUUCUUUAAUUAGG